AAGCUUCCUUGUCCCUAAAGAAAGAUCUACUGUAGGCAAGAAUAAUGGGUUAACCCUAGAGCUAGCUUCAACUUUACACAAAUUGGAAUCUUGAAUCUGUUUUGCAAAACAUUGCUAUUUAGGUUAUCUUUUCCAUGUUUCUUUGCAUGAAAGUUAACAAUCCGUCCAAAGAAUGCUUUAGAACACAUAUAAUCAUUCGCCUUGUAUAUACUAUUUCCAAUCAAGAUUUCUAUCCUGAUCAAGCCAAUUUCAAUUCCUUUCGAUGGAAAGCAAUCAAGAAAGGAAACCAUUGCCCGACAAUGAUCAAGAAAGAAAGCAAGCCGCGGCAAGGAGGGUUCCGUUAGCCGAGCUUAAUCAAGUUCAUUCGGAUUUCGCUAUAGCAAUGGCCAUGCAAGAUCAAGAAAGUACAUUCAAUUUCAUGGAAAGCGAUAGCGAAGAAGACGGAGAUUUUUCGAGCCAAGAAAAUAAUGAAACUAUCGACUAUGAAUUCUUCGAAAGCCAAGAUUUAGGGUUUCUUGAAGGAUAUGAUAGUAAUAGUGAUGAUGAAGACAUGGGUGACGAAGAAGAUGAUAUCGAUCCCGACGAACUUUCUUACGAAGAAUUGAUCGCGUUAGGGGAAUUUAUAGGAGAAGAGAAGAGAGGAUUAUCAAAAGAAGAAAUAUCAAAGUGCUUGAAUCCAUUUAAUUAUAAAUGUUUAGAAAUAAAAAGUGAGAUUGAUAGAUGUGUGAUUUGUCAAGUUGAAUAUGCAGGAGAUGAAGAGUUGGUAUCUCUUCUUCCAUGUCAGCAUCCUUACCAUUGUGAAUGCAUUACCAAUUGGCUUCAAAUCAAGAAGGUUUGCCCUAUCUGUGCCACUGAAGUUUCAACAUCAUCAUCCAAGACUAAUUAAUGUUUAUUAGGAGUAGUAAUGUGUUGUCAUUUUAAUUUGAUCGGUAUAUGUCUUUGUGAAAUGUACUUUGUGAAUUGUAAAUUAAUUAACAAUUUAUUGUUUGGGA